CUGCCAAUCUUCACACUCCUUUCGUAGACCUUCCGGCCCAGCACGAUGCAGGAGCAGGGCGUAGAUCCAGCUCUGUCUCUUCCGAUUGAUAUCACCUAUUCAAAGCUUGCUGAUUGGUUGGUGGACCGCAGGAAGAUCCCAGCAGAUUGGCGAAAGAAAUUGGCAAGCGUUCAGGCGAAGGUCAGAACGGCAUUCUCCACUUUGCCACGCAGCGUGGAUCCCUGGUUUCUCACUCUCGAGGCAGACGGUGUUGGAUAUCUGGAAGCCAAGCGUAUCAGAGAUGUACUCCUCGCUUCAUCCCCUGAUUCCCGUAAUUUCCUCGGAAGGGCUACCGGAGCAGCGGGCGAGUGGGACGCCAUAGUGUCAGCCUAUGAGAAAGAUCUACUCUAUCUAGGCGAGGCCGCACAAAUCUUGGUUCAAAAUACAAACUAUGACAUUCCAGAUUUAAAGAGGCAGGUUGUCAAGUUACAACAGCUAGUGACUGAUUCAGAGCGUAAGGAAGCUGAAGUCAAACGAAGUGCUGCUCAGUCUGCAAUCAAGUAUCAACAAGCAUGCCAGGAAUUGGGGGUUCAAGGUACCAACAUCAGGGCAGAACUUUUAGCUUUGGGAAAGACACUUCCAAACAUUUUUGCGAAUGUCAUCGAGGCUCUUUGCGAUGGUAUGGUGGGUAGCGCUAUUGACUACUACCAAGCUUUCACCAAAUAUGCACACGCAGGAGAAAAUGAUGAGAGCACAAUUGUAGUUCCAACAUUAAAAGAGCUUCGUGACAAUCCUCCAGAUGUCCACGCUGCUGUACACCUCAGCCCCAGAACUUCUCACCAGACCAAUGAAAAAGACAAACUAGAGACAGUGGCUCAAGCCGAUUUGUCGACUACAGAGAUUGACUGGGGAAUAGAUAUGGCAGGGAGCACUGAAGCAGAGAUCCCACUUGACAUAGACUGGGACAUCGGUGCUGUGGAGCCAGAUCUGGACAACGGAGGUAACGAAGGGGAAGUAGCGGGUUCUGAACCAUUCGUUCCAGGAGCCGUUGUGGAGGAUAUGCAAGCAGUUCCUGAAAUCAGCUGGGAUAUAGAAGUGCCGGAUGGCGCUGGUACAGAGAUAAACUGGGACAUUGAUGUCGAAGAUUAUGGUUUGGUUUCAACUACAGAUGUUUUGCCAACCGAAGACCAUCCUUUAAGCAAUGGCAAGUCAGAUCUUGAUAGCGUAGCUGGAGAAGAAGUCAGACAAACACUGAGCCUCGUUGAGACAGACUAUAGAAACAGGUUGCUUGAUGAUCUUUUUGAGCUCAAAACGUUUUUGAAGCAAAGGCUGGAGGAAAUGGAGAGUGACGACACAGCGGCUUUACAAAAUCAAGUGCAAGCUGUCGCACCCACCUGGAUCCCACAGCAUGGCUCUGAAUCCUUAAUGGCCAUGGUUUCAAGCAUCGCUCAGGCUCUAAACCUGCUUACAAAUCGAAAAACUCGGGAUUUGAUCUUAAUCUCAACUUCUGUACGAUACUUGGAAAGGCUAGAGGCUUCAUUGAUACAGAAGAAGCAAAACGAAUCAAAGCUUCAUCAGACUAUGAAGGACUUGAGUAACAAAAGACUUGAGCUCCGCAAUAAUCUUACUAUGAUCUGGCCGAAGCAGGAAGCAAUGGUGGACAGAACGAAGUCAAUCAAGCUACUUGUUGAAAAAAGCUUAUCUGCACAGUACAAUGAUCGGAAGGUUAACAUCAUAGGAGAGAUCAAUAAUGCUUUGGGCAAUGUGUAGAAUUCUUGAGGACCUUGGGACACGCAAUUUUUCAGAUAAUAGAUGAAGUGCUUUUUUUUUUCUCUCUCACAGCUGAGCCCACCUUCUGAAGAGGCCUACCCCUCGCGACUUUCUUACUUACCCACACACAAACCAGAUCAGAUCUUUAUCAUUUUGGUAGAUAUUUGUAGAUGGUUUGUAGUCGGUUUGGGCUGUCUGUUAUCUUCUGGAUAUGUACUCUUGCGACUGCACUUCUUCUGUACGAGCUACGAAACACCCAUCUUUCCGACCCAGAUACAAUCCUUGGUUUGGCUGACGUUCUCUGAGGAGAAAGUGGCUGAGUUUGUUCCAUUUCUAUUGGAAUCACCUACAAUUAUGCUAUUCCCGGGUGUUAGAUGUUAAAUGAACCCACCACAAGUGGUGAGAAUUGUAUAGGAAUUCCUCGCGAUCGUUAUUCUGUUACCUGAGUCCUUUUCCGAUUUGUAUGACAAUUGCUCGAAGUUCCCCACCAAGAAAACAAAGUGCCAACUGGAGAAAUACCCAUUGUAAGCAGGAGAACUGGUGAGCAAAUACGACAUUUGUCCUUGC